GUUACGUAAUAAGUGAACUUUCCCAUUCAUAAAUGUAAACAUUGAAAUUUCGUGAAACUUGAAAUAAAAACUCUAGAAAGUUACUAAUUAUCGAUAAGUCAAGGCAUAAUCUUUAGAUAUUUUUUUGUCAACUGUAAGUUUGUAACAUGCAAGGUUUAUUAAAUUAUCAAAGAACACAGAAUCUUUAGGUUUAUAGUGAAUUUCGAUCUGAAAUACUGCAUAACCUUUGAGAAAAAUGCCUGCAAUAAAUAAUGAUGAGUUUUGGUACGAUAAUAAGACAUUAAGAAAGCCUAUAAAGCCACUGGAGGAAAAAUGGAAAAUUGUUCCUGCAUUUUUGGCUGUAAAAGGUCUUGUUAAGCAGCACAUUGAUUCCUUCAACUAUUUCGUCAAUGAAGACAUCAAGAAUAUAGUAAAAGCCAACAAUAAAGUUAUUUCCGAUGCAGAUCCUUUGUUCUACCUGAAAUAUCUGGAUGUUCGUGUUGGAAAGCCGGAUGUUGAAGAAGGUUCAAAUAUGUCUAGCAAACAGACAACUCCAAAUGAGUGUCGUCUGAGAGAUCUAACAUAUUCAGCACCAAUUUAUGUAGAUAUAGAAUACACGAGAGGAACACAAAGAGUUGUUCGAAAAGACUUGCUGUUGGGCAGAAUGCCAGUUAUGCUUAGAUCAUCGCAUUGUGUAUUAAGUGGAAAAACAGAGCAUCAGUUGUCGACAAUGAAUGAGUGUCCACAUGAUCCCGGUGGUUAUUUUAUCAUUAGAGGAGCUGAAAAGGUAAUUUUGAUUCAGGAACAAAUGUCUUGGAAUAAAAUGAUUACGGAAAAUAACGGUUCACAAAUUCAGUGUCAAGUAGCUAGUUCCACUCAUGAGAAGAAGUCUCGAACGAAUCUUAUAACAAAACAUGGAAAAUACUACUUGAAACAUAAUUCAAUGACUGAAGAAAUUCCAGUUGCAAUUGUGUUUAAAGGAAUGAAUGUUGUGUCUGAUCAAGAAAUAAUGCAAUUAAUUGGAACCGAUUCAGAAACACAGAAACGUUUUGCACCGUCUUUAAUGGAAGCAAUUGAGCAUAAAGUUUUCACACAAAAGCGAGCACUAGAAUACAUGGGAUCGAAAUUGGUAACAAAAAGAUUUGUUACUGCUUCGAGUAAAUACAAAACGCCUGCAGAUGAGGCAAGAGAAUUGCUUAGUUCCACAAUAUUGGCGCACGUUCCUGUCGAUCAAUUUAAUUUCCAAAUGAAAGCACUAUAUUUGGCAUUAAUGGUUCGUCGUGUUAUGGAAGUGGAAAUAAAUCCAAGUUCUAUUGAUGAUCGUGAUUAUUAUGGAAAUAAGCGUUUGGAAUUGGCAGGAUCACUUCUCUCAUUGAUGUUUGAGGAUCUUUUCAAAAGAUUAAAUUGGGAAUUGAAAAGCAUAGCUGACAAAAAUAUUCCAAAAGUAAAGACUGCACAGUUUGAUGCCGUUAAACAUUUACGAGCAAUUUUGAUAACAUCAGGAUUAGAAUCGGCAAUAUCUAGUGGAAAUUGGACUAUUAAACGUUUCAAGAUGGAAAGAGCUGGCGUCACACAAGUUUUAUCUCGAUUGAGCUAUAUAAGUGCUUUGGGUAUGAUGACAAGAGUCAAUUCACAAUUUGAGAAAACCAGAAAAGUCAGUGGUCCACGUUCAUUGCAGCCAAGUCAAUGGGGAAUGCUUUGCCCAUCAGAUACUCCUGAAGGUGAAGCAUGUGGUCUGGUAAAGAACUUAGCUUUGAUGACACACAUUACAACAGAAUGUGAUUCGUCUUCAGUCGUUCGUCUAGCAUUUAAUUCGGGCGUGGAAGAUGUAAAAUUACUUGGAGGUGAUAUUAUUCAUCAAGAAGGAGUCUUUAUUGUUUUCCUAAAUGGUAACAUAUUAGGAGUAACUCAUGCUUAUCAACGACUUAUUAAUAUCUUUCGUACAAUGCGACGUCGAGGAUGUAUUGGAGCUUUCGUUUCAAUUCACGUAUCUCAUUCUAAAAAGAGCGUCUUUAUUCAUACAGAUGGUGGUCGAUUGUGUCGUCCAUACAUCAAUGUUUUAAAUGGACUUCCUUUAGUCAAACAAAAUCACAUUGAGGAGUUGAAAAUUGGAACAAGAAAGUUUGAAGACUUUUUGGAUGAAGGAUUGAUUGAGUUCUUGGACGUAAAUGAAGAAAAUGACUCAUUUAUAGCUAUUAGUGAAAAGGAUUUAGAUCCAUACAAGACUACACAUUUAGAAAUUGAACCAUUUACAAUUUUGGGUGUUUGUGCAGGUUUAGUUCCAUAUCCACAUCAUAAUCAAAGUCCACGUAAUACAUACCAAUGUGCUAUGGGUAAACAAGCGAUGGGUGUUAUUGGAUAUAAUCAAAGGAAUCGAAUUGACACACUUAUGUAUAAUAUCGUAUAUCCACAAAGUCCAAUGGUACGCUCGAAGACAAUUGAAUUGACAAAUUUUGAUAAACUUCCUGCAGGACAGAAUGCUACAGUUGCUGUUAUGAGUUAUUCUGGAUAUGAUAUUGAAGAUGCUUUGAUUCUUAAUAAAGCAGCAAUUGAUCGUGGAUAUGGACGAUGCUUAGUCUACAAAAGCAGCAAAUGCACAGUUAAACGUUAUGCUAAUAGGACAUACGACAGGAUCAUGGGACCAAUGAAGGAUUUGUCAACAGAUAAAAUUAUUUUCAAGCAUGAAGCUCUAGAUUCCGAUGGAAUUGUUAGUCCAGGUGAAAAAGUCGUCAAUAAAAUGAUUUUGAUUAACAAAGAAAUGCCAACUGUAACCUCAUCAAAUCCCGUGGAACAAAAAGAUGCAGCACCGCAAACAAUGUCAUUUAUUCCCGUUCCUGUUUCUUACAAAAAUGUUGAGCCAAGCUACAUUGAAAAAGUCAUGGUCAGUGCCAAUUCUGAUGAAGAUUUUCUCAUUAAAAUUUUAUUGCGUCAAACGCGUCGUCCAGAAAUUGGAGAUAAAUUCAGCAGUCGUCAUGGACAAAAAGGUGUUACAGGACUAAUUGUUGAACAAGAGGAUAUGCCUUUUAAUGAUUUCGGAAUGUCACCUGAUAUGAUUAUGAACCCUCAUGGUUUCCCAUCUCGUAUGACAGUUGGAAAGACAUUGGAACUAUUAGGAAGUAAAGCGGGUGUACUGCAAGGAAAAUUUCAUUAUGGAACAGCAUUUGGUGGGUCUAAAUGUAGCGAUUUACAGGAUGAACUCUUUGAAAAAGGAUUCAAUUAUUUGGGCAAGGAUGUUUUCUAUUCUGGUAUAACUGGCGAGCCGUUAGAAGCAUACAUCUAUUCAGGACCUGUUUAUUAUCAAAAAUUAAAGCAUAUGGUUCAAGACAAAAUGCACGGAAGAGCUAGAGGACCUCGAGCAGUUUUGACAAGACAACCGACUCAAGGACGUUCACGUGAAGGAGGUUUGCGUUUAGGAGAAAUGGAACGUGAUUGUUUAAUUUCUUACGGUGCAUCAAUGCUUAUUAUGGAACGUCUUAUGAUUUCAUCUGAUGCAUUUGAAGUCGAUGUCUGCAAUCAAUGUGGUCGUUUAGCUUAUUCAAGUUGGUGUCACAAUUGUCGAUCGUCAACUAAUGUUGCGAAAAUUGCAAUUCCUUAUGCAUGCAAAUUACUUUUUCAAGAACUAACAAGCAUUAAUGUUAUUCCGAAAUUAAAACUUAAAAAUUAUUAAAUUUUUAAAAACUGAAAAAAUUUUGGAAUAAAAAUGGAAAAAAUACUGAAUUUAA